UAAGCCUCAACAUGCAAUUUAUAAGAUACAGCCUCAAAUAUUGUCAAUUAUGGAGUUGCAAGAUUUGAUCCUGAUAGCAGCAACUUCUUUGGGCUUACUCUCUCUUUGUAACGCCUUGAUCAAUUUUCUCAGAUGGGUGUGGGUUAUGUUCUUUCGGCCUCCAAAGAAUCUCAAGGAGUAUGGUUCAUGGGCUAUGAUAACUGGCUCCACACAGGGAAUUGGGAAAGCCCUUGCUUUUGAAUUGGGAUCAAAGGGUCUUAACUUAGUCUUACUCGAUCUCAGCCCUUCAAAACUUGAAGCUACAUCAAAGGAGAUACACCAAAAAUAUGGCGGAAAAGUAGAAACAAAAAGUAUUGCUAUAGACUUCAACAAAUUCAGCGGAGAGGAGAUAUGUAAGAUGAUAGAGGAAGGGAUAAGAGGGUUAGAUGUUGGGAUUUUGAUCAAUAACGCAGGGGUGGCAUACCCUUAUUCAAUGUAUUUUCAUGAGGUUGACAUAGAGGUGAUAGAGAGAAUUGUGGAGGUGAACAUAGAUGCUGCCACUUGGGUCACCAAGUCUGUGCUUCCUGGCAUGCUGAAGAAGAAGAAAGGAGCAAUACUCAACAUUGGCUCCGCUUCCUCCACCUUCUCUUACCCUUUAGGCGCCGUUUAUGCUGCAACCAAAGCGUACAUUGCAAUGUUCUCAAGAAGCCUGGGUUUGGAAUACAGGCAACAAGGAAUAGAUAUUCAGUGCCAGACUCCAAUGUUUGUGGCAACAAAUAUGAUAAAAGCUAUGAAGGUACCUCGUAUCUUUGUUCCAUCACCGGAGAUGUAUAGCAAAGCAAGCGUACGAUGGAUCGGUUAUGAGCAUAUCUGCAUACCAUACUGGUUCCAUUCUGUGCAGUGGUUUCUAAUGCGUGGAUUGCCAGAGCCAUUACUGGAUUGGUGCAUUUUCAAGUACUUUCUCAACAAUAUGCGUAAGAGAAGAUUGGAGAUGAUGAGGGUGAAGCAGUGAAAACAUUUUUAUGUCUCAGUGUACGUGUUCCUACUAGUUCGUAUUAAUUAAUUUCUUCAACCAAGUUGAUAGUUGGUACUGGAUACUCUGAUGAAGCUCAUAAUUAAAUCAAUUAAUAAAUUAGCAAAAUGUAUCAA